GCUCCUGCGGCCGAAUAAUUUCUUCUUGCCACGUCAACCAAACCCGUUCCAUGUGCGUGUGCACUUGACCGAAAAUAUGGCACCUUCUGCUUGGCUCUCUCUUCUUGCCUUCGCGGCUGCUGCGCAAGCCCAGAGCGGCGGUAGCGCUAUGCUUCGGUUUGGAUGCUCCAACAUUGUCAUCGACCGCAUCGAUCCUCUGGUCGAUCCUGGAAAGAUUCCCUCACCUCAUGUUCACCAGAUCAUUGGAGGAGACGCCUUCAAUGCAUCCAUGCCUGUGGGCGAUAUCUCCCAGGUCGCCACGUGCACUAGCUGUACCUAUGAGGAAGAUUUCUCCAACUAUUGGACCGCCAACGUGUACUUCAAGGCGCGCAACGGCACCUUCAAGCGCGUGCCAAUCAUGGUCAACGACGCCAUUGGCGCCGCAAACGGCGGGAUGACUGUUUACUACAGCUCUCCAGGCAAGGGCGCAGUGACUGCCUUUAAACCGGGGUUCCGGAUGUUCUCUGGCGAUGCCAAACGCCGCACCCCGACAAACCUGGGCAAGAGUACACAGAGCUGUUUCCGCUGCUACGACGGACCCAACUUCAAAGGCAACGUUAUGUCGCCUUGCUUCGAUCCUCAACGAGAUACCGAGGGGUUUCCGACCAAGCCGUGCCUUGGAGGGUGGCGAUCGAGCGUCAUUUUUCCCAUUUGCUGGGAUGGGAAGAACCUCGAUAGCCCAAACCAUGCGGACCAUAUUUCUCAUCCAGUGGGUGGGCCUGCAUCUUUCACCGUUAUGAGCGCAAAGUGUCCGUCAACGCACCCCGUCAAGAUCCCGCAAGUCCACCUCGAGAUUGUCUGGGACACGACCAAAUUCAACAACAAGAAUGACUGGCCCGCGGAUGGGUCCCAGCCAUUUGUGCUGAGCCAUGGUGAUACCACUGGAUUCGGGCAACAUGGAGAUUAUGUCUUUGGAUGGAAGGGCGACAGUCUCCAGAAAGCAAUGGACAACGCCUGCUUCGCCGCGAGCUGCAAGCAGCUGAAGUCCCAAUCCUUUUCCAAAGCCAAUCAGUGCGUUGUGAAGAACGCCGUCAAGGAAAACAACGAUGGAUGGCUGGAGAGGCUUCCGGGAAUGGAAUAGAUGGCUUGGAUUCGCCGAUUUUACUUCUUUAUGGGCAAGUUCAAGAAGUACGGAGGCCAAGGAAAUUACAGACCAGGCAGUCCUGGACAAGAGCAAACCUCGGCACCUUCCUUUACCCAGGUAGAAUUUUUCAGAAAGGAACUGUAGCGAAAAUACCAAUGACUUUUCCUGCAUUCUUUUGAUGUCCAUUUUUUGGGGUGCGCACAGCCAAAGGCACCUUCGGCACCUAUCCAAACGUUUGCAUAGAUGCAACGCAAAGACGGGAUUUGAUCUGUGCGGUACUUCGUAGAGUGUAGAUGCUCGGGAAUUUUGAACCCGAAGACCGUGUUGGAGACGCCACAUUGCGACACGAUGCCUACAUUUCGAACGUUAGCCAAGUUAUUCGUCAAUUUUUUGGACAUCGAACCUUACUCGCAAGCUUGAAAGCUACCGUAAUAAUGUGUAUUGGAGAAUUUUGCCGCGUGAUGUGUGACGAUGCUUGUGCAGAAGGC